GGGGCGCGCCCGGAAGCCGCAAAGCCGAGGCGGCUCGCACAUCCGGGGGCUGCGGAUAAAUGGCUGUCGGCUGCGGGCGGCGAGAUGGCGCGUCCUGCUGUGAACUUGCGUCUGCGUCCUGCGGCGUCUCGGUUCCCGUGUCGAGGCUCUUUUGGCCUCGCUCCCCGGAGCCGAUUGCGGAGGAGGACACCUGCGUGUCCGUCUCUAUCUUCCGCUGCUUCCUGCAGCUGCCUGGGUCCCAAACGAGAGCCAGGUAAUAUUAUAACUCUGCCAUCUGCGUUUUGAAUACUGUUCUCAUAAUGGAGUUUCCUGAUUUGGGGAAGCAUUGUUCAGAAAAAACUUGCAAGCAGCUAGAUUUUCUUCCAAUAAAAUGUGAUAUGUGUAAACAAGAUUUCUGUAAAGAUCAUUUUACACAUGCUGCACAUAAGUGUCCGUGUGCAUUCCAGAAGGAUGUUAAGGUCCCCGUGUGCCCACUCUGUAAUAUCCCCAUCCCAAUAAAAAAGGGACAGGUCCCAGAUGUGGUGGUUGGCGAUCACAUGGAUCGAGACUGUGGCUAUCAUCCUGUGAAGAAGAAAGAGAAGGCUUGCAGUCGGUGCCUGGCAUCUGAUGUCUUCAUCCCACCUGCCUGCAGCGGGGGAAGCACGACGUGUCCUCACUCCAUGCCUCGGGGGCUUUCCUUGUCCCGAGCUGGACUUUGGCUGACAUCACUGGUUUUCCUGGGCAGGGCCCGGAGCCAUGUUGUGGUUCCUAAUGCCCAGCAUCUUGCGUGGGAGCCUGGGAAGCCUGGCUGCUACUUCCUGUCUGGUUUACGGACUACAGGAUCAAACAUUGUCACAAGAUGCCCCCAGAAGACCUUUGUCUGAAUCAGAUAGCUGUGCUGUGGUGAAUCAUAAGAAGAAAACAAAUGAAACAGCAGUCCACCCAAAGGAGGCUCUUGAUGGGCCAGUGUUCCCUCUCCUGGUUUCACUUAAACAGUCCCUGGAGCGUGAGGACAAUUAGAAAGGCUAAUGUUUCUAUGGCAAUCGGGUAGAAAGCUUAUGGGCUUCCAGGACAGAGAUAAAAUGGACCAUUAAACAAGCUGGCGUCAGUGUGCACACAAUGCUGAGUGCUGUGAUCGUCUGCAGGGGUGACUUGGGCCUGUUGCUCGGCCGGGAGUGUGCUCAGUUCCAGGGACUUCUGUGGCACCCACACUUUGUCCAUCACAAGCACCCUCUGAUUCUCUGUUCUGUAGGAGCCAAGCCCGUCCAUCAUUGUGCUACACCCCUGGGUCUCAUA